ACGCUGCGGUGUGCCACCAGACCUUUGUGGAAAACCAUGGUUUAGGGCGUUUAGACUUUAGUGUCGAGAGACACAUCGUAGAGCGAAGAUAUACUCUUCAAUCAACGCGAGUUAACGGAUGCGUACAUUCGCAGAAUUUCGAAUGAAACCCGGGCGCGUUUUAAAUUCGUUGAAAACUCGAAAAGCGAUCGAUCUGUUAUGCACAUUUCGGUGUUGCGCUCUAUUGAUUAAAGCUUGUAGAGUCGAAGUCCGGAUACGUAUGCAACACUUGUAAUUUGUAAUGUCAACAGAAUAGUUUUCUUAUUGUUAGUGAGAUGCGCAACGUAACCUAAAAAAUGUGGUAAACAUCAACUUAAAGUUUAACAAAAAUACAAUCUCGAGUAAUAAUAAAUUUGUUCUACAAUGGAAGAGAAAAACGUAGUGUCAGUUAACUUGGCCACCGAUGCGAAGGGUGUAAUUAUUCCAUGUACUGUUGAAUGGACCGCAGAAGAUUUGUGCAUCAAGGUCUGCAAGCAAAUUGGUAUCGGUCCAGUCGCAAGGCACUUGUUUGCACUUAGGAAUCGAUCCACCAAGUUAUGGUGUGCUUCUGGUCAGAAAUUGGAAAUUAAAGAUAAAUUGAAACUUGACUUCAGGCUGAGGUUCAAACCGUCGAGUAUACAGAGGCUUAAACAAAUCGAUAUCAAAGCCUAUGAUUAUUAUUUUCUCCAAGCUCGUACCGAUGUCUUGGACAACAAGGUUUCAGAAAUAGUUUAUGAAAAACAUAAACGUGAAUUGAUCGGAUUGGGAGUCUGCGAUAUGUACAGAGUGAUGCUAGAGAAAGAUAUACCAAGAGAGAUUGUGGAAUCCGAUUAUAAGAAAUACAUUCCCAAGGAAUGCCUAAAGCGUCAUUCGUUCUUUGUAAAGAAACCCAUUCACAAUGCUUUGGUUAGAUUAUCUGGUCACGACGCUGCUUAUGUGAAGGACCAGUAUUUAAAUCAGUUGGAAUGCAUGGCUCCAGAUUAUUUGUUGGAAGAAUAUAAGGCUUUGAUGGACAGGGGUAUACCUAAUCCUCCGCAAAAAGUUUUACUCCGAAUUAAUUCUAAGGAAGUCAAGUAUACUGACAUGGAAAAUAACAUUGAGGAUACUUUGUGUGCCAUAGAGGACCUCUGCUUUAUUUCAAUCAGGCACGAUGGAACAGUAGAAAUAUCUCGAAAGAAUGGGAUUCCUACCUAUUUGAAGUUUGGUACAAAUGCGCUCUUACUAUCAUUCGUUUCUGGAUUGGAUGGAUAUUAUCGUUUGGCCAUUAAGUGGACAUUUAAUUUAUGUAGAGACCUCAUAACGCCAAGUUUGCAAAAGCUUCAUAAAAUGAAAUGUCAUGGACCUGUAGGCGGUGAGUUUUCGUAUGCAAAACUGGAAGAGAAACGUAGUAAUCGACCCGGUACAUUUGUUCUGAGAGAAAGUGAAACGAAAUAUAACGUAUUUUACUUGGAUGUAUGUGGUAAAGACAGCAAGCCACGAACAAGAAAGAUUGAACAACUGGGACCUGACGAAUUUAUUUUAUCCGAUAGCGUGCAAAGGUAUACGUCUCUUGCGCAGUUAGUCGCCGCUCAUCAAGACCCUGAAAAUCAACUUUACCUCCGUGAAUGCCUACCGCCUUCAGAAUAUGAUAAAUCGCCAUUAUUGAUUUGUGCCAGUGAAAGUGGCGUGAGUGAUGUAGUUGCUGACGAAGAGUUAGUGACUGAGCUUUUGAAAGACGGUCCACGUUGCAUUCCACCUCAGGAGUUACAGGUAUACAAAGCACAACCUUUUCGUAAACACUAUGAGUUAACAUCCGAAUCGAAAACACCGGCGAUUACUUCAUACCGAGCAAUGUGGAGAAUAGCUAAAGGCAAAAAACUUGGAGUUGCCAUAAAAAUUCUUGAAGAAGAAGAGUCGGGAAUGACUCGAGAAUUUUUCCAACUGGCUGGAAAAUGGGGUCAGCUUAGAUCGACAGCAAUAGCUCGGUUGUAUGGACUGAUGCUUGCACCAGCUGUUGGAAUGGUACUGGAACUAGUGCGAUAUGGUCCGCUCGAUGUAUAUUUACAAACACACGCUUCAACGCAAACAAUUAAAACUGUUGAUAUGGUGGAAGCAGCCGCAUGUCUUGCCACAGCUCUGUGGCAUUUGGAGGAAAACGGAGUUGUGCAUGGUAAUAUCAGGUGCCGAAAGCUUUUGGUACACACGCAUAAUGCGAAUAGUUUGGUAGUAAAAUUAGCAGACCCAGGCCUGUUUAGCUACACACAAGCAGAUGUUCAUUGGCUGCCACCCGAAUGUUAUGGCAAUGCGGAAUUAGCUAAGCGUAGUUCACAGGCAGAUGUUUGGGCUCUGGCAACCACCUUCUGGCAGAUUUUCUCCCGUGGUGCGCCUAUACCUCCCCACAAAGACAUUGAUUCUGUAAAAAGGUACUAUUCAAGCGGCAAACGAUUGCCUAUGCCAUCUGGCUGUCCAGCUGAAGUUUAUAAACUAAUGCUUGAGUGUUGGGGGGAGGGUGGUGGAUCUAGAAAACAACCACAAGCAGUAAUGCGAGAUAUUAAUCAGAUUUUGUACCAAGUGUAUAAUUCGAGGAGAAUUCACGCUUACGAAACUGCAUUUCCUAAACUCUUCACUGACUCCAGUUACAUCGAGGCAGAGAAAGAGAUCGAUUCAUCUGACAGUGAGUCUCGGGCCAGUAGUCUAUUUACUGAUCGCACUAGUCUGGUCUGGGAUGAUGAUGACGAAGCUGAAGGUGAAUCGAAAGAAAUUGAUCAAGAUGAUCAAGAGGAGUUAUCCUCGUAUUUGAUUUGGUUGGCUAAGGUAGGAGGUGAAAAAAGCGGACCUUUGGGACAAAUGCAAGGCAUUUUUGAACUGGACGCAGAUUGCAAUGUGAUUCUUCAAGGACGUAUAGGACAAGGUUUUUAUGGAGAAGUAUACAAAGGUUUGCUCGAAAGAGACAACAAAGAUGCAGAGCCUCAGCAAGUCGCCGUUAAAAAACUCAAGACUCAAGCUUUGGAAGCAGACUUACGGGACUUUGAAAGAGAAAUAUCAAUUAUGAAGACUCUGAAACAUGAAAAUGUCGUGGAAAUUCUAGGAGUUAUAUCGGAGCCAGAAGUUUGCUUGGUAAUGGAGUUUGUAAAGCAUGGUUCACUGCAGAGUUACUUAGCGAUAAACCGUGAGACAUUGACGCAUAGGAAAUUGCUAGGCUUUGCCCUUGAUAUUGCAACAGGAAUGGAUUAUUUAGGCCGUAAAAGUAUUGUACACAGAGAUUUGGCGGCUAGAAAUAUUCUUGUUGCUAGUGAAAAUAGGGUAAAAAUUAGUGAUUUCGGAUUAGCACAAGUAACUGGAAUAAACGAUUACUAUAUUCUUCAGACAAACAGGGAUCUUCCCAUAAAAUGGUAUGCGCCAGAGAGUUUAAGGGAUGGAAAGUUCUCGCCAAGGUCAGAUGUUUGGUCUUUUGGAGUGACGAUGUACGAGACAUUCGGCUUUGGAGACGAGCCUCGAGUACCUGGAGUUGGGGAUGGUGGAAACUCUGAAGGUAGCGCCGAACUAUUAGAGGCGCUAGAGAGAGGUUCUAGACUACCAUGCCCUCCCACUUGCCCGCAAGCCGUUUAUGUUAAACUGAUGUAUCCCUGCUGGCAAUUACAGAGUCACGAGCGACCUGAUUUUUCAACUCUCUGUAACGAUAUACAAGACUUGUUGACGCAAUAUUGA